GUAUCAGUGAACAGCUUAAGACAGAGAUCGAAGAAAUUGCGUUUAACUCAGACGUUGACCUACGUCAAUACGCUACUCAAGUGGACGACGAAGUCGCGAGUUUAGAAGAACGUCUCGUUGAACGAUACAUCGCCGUCGGUCCGGAGGUUGCCAACCUACACAAUCAGAUUUCUGCGUGUGAUGCCAUCCUUCAACGAAUGGAGGCUAUCCUUGCAAACUUCCAUAAUGAUCUUGGCACAAUAAGUUCUGAGAUUCAAGAUCUUCAGUUGAAAUCAACGCUGAUGAACAAACGUCUACAAAAUCGUCAGGCGGUCCGCGGGCAGCUCAGUCAAUUUUUAUCUGACAUGGCAAUACCAGAACAGCUCAUUAAGCACAUACUCUUCACCCCAGUUACAGAGCAAGAGUUUCUUGAGAACCUCCAUGAACUGGACCAUAAGAUCAACUUUUCUCUGGAACAGUCGAUGGUCGACUACCGAUCUUUUGAAGAUGUCAAUGUGCUACUGAAAAAACUCAAAAUCAAGGCCGUUUCAAAGAUUCGCGAGUAUCUUCUUCAGAAGAUCUAUGCCCUGCGGAAACCGUUGACAAACUAUCAGAUUCCACAGAAUCAGAUGCUCAAAUACAGAUUCUACAAUGAGUUUCUUCUGGCACAUGAUCGUGAAACGGCCAUCGAAAUACGCAACGAAUACGUGACUACUAUGAGCAAGGUUUAUUAUUCCUAUUUUAAAGCCUACUGCACAAAACUGAAUAAACUGCAACUCGACACAACCGCAGAAAAGGAUCUACUUCUGGGAAAACGUCUUGAUGAACAGAAUCCGGCUUCUGGUGUCGGAAGUUCUGUACUCGGAUCGAUGACAUUCUCCUCCACGAGCUCACUCACAACGAUGAACGCAACCGGCCAUGCUCCAACACCGAGCAAUACCCGACUCGGUCUGUUCGGACUCGGAGAGCGUGCCACUCGUGUUUUGGGCAGUACUGAGUUGGAAGCACCCAUCAUCCUUCCUCAUGUCGCUGCUAUGGCUGACGUUAAGUGCCGUGCUGUUUCCUCCAAUUCCAUUCAGUAUCCCGCCGAAGUAUUGUUCCGCUCCGUCCACUUUGCCUUAUUGGAUGCCGUGUGUCGCGAGUACUUCUUCCUGUCGGACUUUUUCCUUCUCAGUACUGGCACAGUUCGGUCACCAGCCACAACUGACUCAACGCAUCGUCGUACUGAACAUGGCGGCGCUCUCAUCGCUCUGUUCGACCAGGUGCUGGGAAGAACCUUCAGCUUACUACACAAACAAAUUGAAAGCCAUUUAAUUCCGAGCAUGUCGCAUGACGCUCUCGGCAUGUUACUUUGUCUUCAGUUGCUGCAUGCGUUGCUUCGAGUGGCUCAUCAUCGCAACGUGCCAGUCCUUGACAAAUUCUGGACCUCCAUAACAGAAAGCUUUUGGGUACAUGUGACUGACAGGCUAGACGCACACAUCGCCUCUCUUCAAUCCGACUUUGACGUGAACGCCUUCGCAGGUAGCGCUCGCGCCCUUUCUGCGAAUCCAGGCGGUAGUCUGAGUGGAGCCAACUUGCCAGCUCGUAUCUACUCGCUGCUACGACCUCAUCCUGUUGCCCGCCGGUACGCUGAGCUGGCGGCCAGUCUACAUUCGAUUGGACACAGCUAUCCCGGAACACCCUUGCUAUCCGAUACUUCGUUGUCCUCGACGAAACAGCCGUCUGACAGUCGUCGUGCUGGUUCGUCCUCAGAACUGUCCCACAGUCAUUCUGAUACCACUUUCUCCAAGCGACCUGACGGUGAACAGAUUACACGCUCUGCGUCGUCCACACCACAUGAACUUGAACCGCCCUCUAUCGAUGCUCGCAUUCUAAGCCGCUUAGCUCAGCUGCACACACACUUGGAGCAAGUACUCGUGCGCCUGUCAGACUUCCUGCCCAAACAACGGUUGAAGUGGGUAUUCUUGAUCAACAAUUACGAUCUGAUCAUAAGCGUUUUGACGGAACGAGGGGCAGGUAAUGCACCAGAAGUGAAUCGAUGUCGUGAGGCAGCGGCCAAGUACACCGCGGCGUUCAUUAACGAGGCCCUUACGCCGUAUUUCGGAAGUCUAAUCGCCUUCGUACACGACUUUCAAGCCAAUCCUCCUGCCUCGCCACCCGCCUCGGGUAUCGAUCAAAUGGAACGCUCAUCAGCUGUUCGCAGUGAUGAAGCCCGUGUCACCAGGAUAAUCAAAGGUUUCAAUAUUGAUUGGAAAAAUUCCAUUGAGAAAAUCCACGGGGAGAUAAUGGUGGAAUUCGCCAAUUUCACACUUGGUACGGAAGUAUUUCAGGCAUUACUGGCUGAGUUGGUUCAACACUACCAUCGUUUUCAGAAGGUGAUGUCGCAAAGCCCGUUCAAAAAUAUGCCAAUUCGAAAUCAACUAAUCAACAUUCACCACAUCAUGAAUGAAAUAAAGAAGUGCAAGCCAACCUUCUAGGCGGGUUCAGGAGACUCAUAUUUUCUUUUCUUUGCAGUGACUUUGUUGACCUUCCCGUAUUUUGUGAUUGUUUUUCUCUUCUCUGCACUUUAUGGCAAUGAAACUUUCCCACUGGCCCGGC